AAUCGCACAGAAACAAGCAGCCAAAAUAGGUUCAUAACCGUAGCUGUAGUAAAUAACAAACAAACCCAUUGUAUAGCUUUUAUUUUGUUUGCUCUGUCUCAUCCGUCUCCUAUGUCAAAUUUAAAAUUUACAGAUUUAUUAUCAUGAAAUAUUUUAAAGAUUUUUAACAAUAAUAAGAAAUGGAGUCACGUCAACGUGCUUUUGCACAAAAAUUAAAAUGGCCUAAUAACGCUGAUAUUCGACAGCAGAUAUCAACUGUUGCUUCGCACUCAAAAGAAGAUUCACUACACAAAAACAACAUCUUCCCAGAAAAUAUUCCUAUUACUGACGUAGUGGAUCCACUAGAUUUUGAAGAAUUUUUAGACCAGCAUAGAGAUCAGAUUGAUUGUGAUUCUUUUAGACAUGUUCUAGAUUUUCCUGAUGAUGACUUAGAAAUAGGUAUUUUGCCUCAUAAAUGUAGAACACUAGGACACAUUGUACCUGAUGAUGAAGUUGUUGAGCUCAAUCAACAAGUUAAAGAUUGCAUUCAGUGUUAUACUUCAGAUUGGAUUGUUGUUAACAGAAGGUACCAGCAGUACAGCUGUGCAAAUUGUCCUUAUGAAAAGCCUUCUGAUCGUCAGAAUGCUGCUAGAACUACACCAAGACAAGAAUUUGAAAUAGAUGUAGCUCCCCCUAUAAGAGAUUAUAAGGAAGAGGAAGAGAUACGUCUAAAACAAAUCAAUGAAGUGCCAUUACCACAACCUCCUCUUGCUGAAGGAGAAGAUACAACAUCUGAUUCUUCUGCUCCUUCAUCCAAUCGGCAAUCAUUUCAGUUAGUUGAUACACCCAGAGGAAGUUGGGCAAGUAGUGUGUUUGAUCUCAGGAAUUCCCAAGCCGACCCCCUUAUUCCAUCAUUGCUUGACCAUACACCGUCUGAAGCUUUGGAUUAUAUAAAUGAAAUCAAGCGCUUAGAAAAUCGGUCUGAUUCAUUGUUCACUCUUUAUCCACCCAUGGAAGAUGAAGAGUUUAUUGAAAAAAGGUUUCCUGGUCAAGUGCCCAAAGAACAUAUAGGUCAUCGCGUAAUUGUCAAGUGUCUUGCUAUGAAACUUGACCUUGAAAUUGAACCUAUUUUUGGAAUAAUGGCUUUGUAUGAUGCCAAAGAGAAAAGAAAGGUUUCUGAAAAUUUUUACUUUGACAUGAAUUCUGAACCUUUGAAAAGAAUGUUGUCAAGCCAUAUUUGUUAUCAGGAUGUGUCAACUCUAAGUAGAUCCUGUAUAUUUCAAAUAACUAAUCCAUCACCAGAUUUGUUCCUUGUUAUAAAGCUUGAAAAAGUAUUACAAGGUGAUAUUAACGAAUGUAUUGAACCCUAUGUAAAGGAUGAUAAGAACAGAGAUAAACUCAAAAGUAGCGCAGUUUUGACUUGUGAAAGACUCGGGAAGUACAGAAUGCCAUUUGCUUGGACUGCUAUUUACUUGAUGAAUAUUAUAAAUGGUGUAAAUACUUUAGAUAAAGAUUCUGGAAGUGAUCGAGAUAGCAUAUCUUCAAAUAGCUUGGAUCGCAAAACUGUUGGCAAUGGCUUUGAGACAUUGCGCAAAAAAACUUCUGAUUCUAGUACUCUUAGUAGAGGAUCUUUAGAAAGAAGGAGUACAAAUGACAAGCGAAACAGUUGGAGUGCUGAUGAUUUGGGGUCAAAUUUAGAUAGCUUUCGUCCUGUUACCCUAACAGUAAACAGUUUUUUCAAACAGGAAACUGAUAAACUUCGUGAUGAAGAUCUUUUCAAAUUCCUUAUUGAUUUAAAGCGACCCUCAUCAGUUUUAAAACGUUUAAAAUGCAUACCUGGUAUCUUGAAAUUGGAUAUAGCUCCUUGCCCAGAGGAACCUAAAUAUUGCCUUACACCUGAGCUAGCUAGGUUACAUCCUUAUCCCGAUGAGAAAGGCCGCCCAACCAAAGAAGUUCUAGAGUUACCAGUUAAAGAAAUACUGGUUCCACACUACUCUUAUCGCAAUCUCCUUUUUCUUUAUCCGAGAGAUAUAAACUUCUCCAAUCGUCCUGGUUCUGCCAGAAAUAUCUCUGUUAAAGUUCAGUAUAUGGCUAAUGAAGAAUUACACAGUGCACUGCCAGUUAUAUUUGGAAAAUCCAGCUGUCCAGAAUUUCUAACUGAGGCUUAUACAGCUAUAACCUAUCAUAGCAGGUUUCCAGAUUUUUAUGAUGAAAUAAAAAUUAAAUUACCUGCAGUUUUUACUGAGCAACAUCAUCUUCUUUUUACAUUUUAUCAUAUUAGUUGUCAAAAAAAAGUGGAGCAAAAUCCUACUGAAACUCUAGUUGGCUAUACGUGGCUUCCAUUGUUUAGGGAAGGAAGAUUGCAAACAGGUGAUUUUAGCCUUCCCGUCAUGAUGGAAAAUCCACCUCCAAGCUAUUCGUUCCUAACUCCAUUUAUUCAAAUUCCCAACACUAAAUGGGUUGAUAAUCACAAAGGAAUAUUCAACAUCACACUUCAUGCUGUGUCUUCAGUUUUUCCAAAGGAUCCGUGCGUUGAUCGAUUUCUCAGUUUGUGCCGAAUGGUUGGAGAAGGUUCUCUACCUCCAAGAAUUACUGAAAAUAAUAUUGAACAUGAAUUAAAAACCAGUAUGCUUGAAAUCACUAACAAUAAAGAUAAUUCCCUGGAAACAUUAGUUAAUUUCUUGCCUUUAGUGCUCAACAAACUGGUUUAUUUGUUGGUUCGCCCACCUGUUGUUAAUGGACAAGUGAUAAAUGUUAGUCAAGCUGCUUUUGAAGCUAUUGCAAUGAUUGUGAAUACAAUUACAUUAGGUUUAGAAAACCAGAAUGACCGUCAUAAUAGGCCAGCACUAUUAGUUACCUACCUUUCCUAUCAAGUCAGUGUUCCUCAUCUUGCAUCACCCUUUUUUGCUUCGACUGUGAGUGAAUCAAAUUCCAUGGGUAUGGGGUAUGGAACGAUUGGAAGACACAUGCCUGCUCCUUUACAUCGUUCUUGCUAUGGGCGUAGCAACAGCAAUCCUGACCUUGUAUCUUAUGCUGAUGCAGAUGGUGAAGUGAACUCUAUUUUAUCCCGUGGACUUGAUAGAACAGCAAGUAUGAGAGCUGGUGCGGCAAUACAGGAAAAUGUCUUGUGUGCUAUAUCCAUGUCGCAAUCUCGUAAAGUUCUCCAUGAGGAAAUAGCUUUGCAAUGUGUUGUAUCUAGUGGUUCAGCACGAGAACUAAUGCUUUCUAAUUCAUGGUUUUUCUUUGAUUUAAUCAUUAGAAGCAUGAUAGAACAUUUAGCUGCCUCUAAUCGCUUAGAUAUGCCAAGAAAAAUGAGAUUUUGUGCUCAGUUUUUUGAUGAUCUCACUACAUUGGUGACAACUUUGACAUCUGAUAUUAUUAGUCGCUGCAAUAAGGAAAAUGAUGAAAAAUUCACAAGAAAUCUUAAUUCUAGUUUGGCCUUUUUUCUGUGUGACCUCUUUUCAGUUGUGGACCGAGGAUAUGUUUUCUGCUUGAUUAAGGUUUAUUGCAAACAAAUGUCAGCAAAGAUUACGAGCUUGCCAGAUGGUGUAUUUUUAAUGUCAUUAAAGUUAGAUUUCUUAAGAAUUAUCUCUAGUCAUGAACAUUUCAUCACCUUGAAUCUGCCUUUUGGGACACCCUUGACCCCAUCUCCAGCUACUUCACCUUGCCCUAGUGUAGCUUCAUCAUCAUCCCAUAGUUCUUUAUUAUCAACUGGCACCCUGGUAGAAAAAGGAAAUUACACAGAACUUUCCACUGAAUUCAGACAGCAGCAUUUUCUUGUUGGAUUGGUGUUAUCUGACUUAUGGACUGUUUUGUCAAUGAAUAAUACACAUUUGCAUACAAAGGCUGUCAAUCUUGUUCGAAAUAUUUUAACUUUUCAUGAGUGGGAUCCUCGUCUUUUGAAUUCUGAUCAAAAAGCUCGAGUUGCUGUCUUAUACUUGCCCCUAAUUGGAAUAACAUUAGAUGCUCUUCCUUUACUCUAUGAUUGGCAGAGCAAUAAUAGAAACCAGGACACUGAUAAUGAUGGAGAAUAUAUAUCUCAAGAAUUGGCUACUGCAAUUUCUACUUCUAGUGUGCCUAAUAGAAGCUCAUUGUCAAAACCAUAUGAAUUGUUUCAGGUUCGUAAGCAGUUACUUAAAGAAGAUGCUACUCGCCACUUAUUGAUGUGUUUUCUUUGGGUUUUAAAGAAUGUGGAUAAAAAGCUUUUAAGGGCUUGGUGGGCUGAAUGGAAACCUCGACGGUUGCAUCAGCUUUUAGAAAUUAUGUAUAUCUGUAUUUCAUGCUUUGAUUAUAAAGGUAAAAAAAGUCUUGUGAGAGGUAGUCAGCAGCAAAUACAGCAGAAGACCUCAGAUUUGAAAUCCAGGUUGGAAGAUGCUAUAUUAGGGCAUACAAGUGCUAGAAGUGAAAUGAUGAAACGUAAAGAUCGAAAUCCUCCUUCUCCAUCACCUACUGUUGGAGAUAAAUUGAGAUGGAGGAAAGAUCAGAUGAUCUGGAAAUCUACUGAUAGUGCAGAAAGACCUAAAGUGGAAAUUGAAACUGCUGCUCUAGUGCAAGGUAGUCUAGCAGCUGAAGUGAACAUGAUAGUUCUGGAUACUCUUGAACUUAUUGUGCAGGUUGCUUGCCAUACAGACUCAUUGCAGGUAGUCCUUAGCACAGUUUUAAAGGUUCUACUCCAUGCUUUGGGAUGCAAUCAGAGUACAGCAGUAUUACAAAAUAUGUUUGCAACUCAAAGAUCUUUAGUCUAUAAAUUUCCAGAGCUUUUAUUUGAAGAAGAAACUGAACAAUGUGCUGAUCUUUGCCUACGAUUAUUGAGGCAUUGCAGCUCUUGCAUUAGCAAUGUUAGAUCCCAAGCUUCUGCUUCCCUUUAUCUUUUGAUGAGACAGAACUUUGAAAUAGGCAAUAACUUUGCUCGAGUGAAGAUGCAAGUGACUAUGUCUCUUAGUUCCCUGGUUGGAACUAAUAGAAAUUUCAAUGAAGAGUAUUUGAGGCAUUCACUAAAAACUAUUCUAGUGUAUGCAGAGGAAGAUACUGAACUGCAGGUUACUACAUUCCCUGAACAGGUUCAUGAUUUAGUUUUUAAUUUGCAUAUGAUUUUAUCUGAUACUGUUAAAAUGAAAGAAUUUCAAGAGGAUCCUGAGAUGUUAAUGGACUUAAUGUAUCGUAUAGCAAAAGGAUAUCAAACCUCUCCUGACUUAAGGCUUACCUGGCUAGCAAAUAUGGCACAAAAACAUACUGAAAGAUUGAAUCAUGUUGAAGCUGCUCAUUGCCUUGUCCAUUCAGCUGCACUUGUUGCAGAAUAUUUAUACAUGCUGGAAGACCGAUCAUUUCUACCUGUUGGUUGUGUGACAUUUGAAAAAAUUUCCCCUAAUGUCUUAGAAGAGAGUGCUGUUUCUGAUGAUGUUGUCUCUCCUGAUGAAGAGGGUAUUUGCACUGGAAAGUAUUUCACUGAAAAUGGCUUGAUUGGUCUAUUAGAAGGAGCUGCAAAUUCCUUCUCAUUGGGUGGAAUGUAUGAAAAUGUGAAUGAAGUUUAUAAAAUCUUGAUUCCCAUCGCAGAAGCACACAAUGAUUACAAAAGUUUAGCUGUCAUUCAUAGCAAAUUGCACGAUUCUUUUCUAAAAAUUGAUCAACAAGUCGGCAAAAGAGUAUUUGGUACUUAUUUUCGUGUGGGAUUCUAUGGUAGCAAAUUUGGAGACUUGGAUUGUGAAGAAUUCAUUUAUAAAGAACCUUAUUUAACUAAGUUACCUGAAAUUUCCCAUCGGCUUGAAAACUUCUAUGUUGAAAGAUUUGGUUCUGAACAUGUUGAAGUCAUCAAAGAUUCAAAUGCUGUCGAUGGUUCUAAGCUAAACCCUGAAAAGGCAUACAUCCAAAUAACAUAUGUUGAACCUUAUUUUGAAAUGUUUCAACUGAGAGAACGCAAUACACAAUUUGACAGAAACUACAAUAUUAGAUGCUUUAUUUAUGCUACUCCAUUCACUCCAGAUGGUCGAGCUCAUGGGGAGCUACAUGAACAAUAUAAACGAAAAACCAUAUUAACAACAGCUUAUACAUUCCCUUAUGUAAAAACGCGUAUUCAAGUAGUAGAGCGACAACAGAUUGUACUCACUCCCAUUGAAGUAGCCAUUGAAGAUAUAAUGAAAAAAACCCAAGAAUUAAAUGCAGCUACUAAUCAAGAACCAGCUGAUCCCAAAAUUUUGCAAAUGGUAUUGCAAGGAUGUAUUGGUACAACAGUAAAUCAGGGUCCAAUGGAAGUUGCUCAUGUCUUUUUAAUAGAUUUGAUUGAUGGGAAAAAGUCUCCAACAGCUUUGCAACACAAGCUUCGUUUAUGCUUCAAAGACUUUUUACUGAAGUGUAACGAAGCUUUAAGAAAAAAUAGAACACUUAUUGGUCCAGAGCAGAAAGAUUAUCAAAGAGAAUUAGAGCGGAAUUAUCAUAGAAUUAUGGAGAGACUAAUGCCUAUGAUUAAAUUAUCUACAUCAGCAGUUUGCAAGCUUAGCAGAGAUCGUCAUAACAGUGGUGAACGGGGUACUAGGAAGAAACAGUGAUUUAUGAGAAAGCAGAAUGCAAAAUGAUUUUUUUUUUUCGUUUCAGAAUUUGAUUUUAUGAUUUUUUUUUUAAAACUAAAAAUCUGAAACUAAGCAGGAAAAUAAUCCUUUAAAAUAAUUAGCACAUCAACAUAUGUGUGUUAAUUAUUAAAGUAUUUUAUUGUUUCAGAAAGAAAAAUUUGAAGAAAUAUUUGCACAUAAAAAAAGUGACAUUGUUUAAGUGCUGAUAUCAAACUUUUAAGCACACAAUUUAAAAUGUAUGAAAACAUUUAUUAACGUUCUUUCAUAUUAGCAAUUAACAAAGUAUUUCCUUUGUAUUGUUUUGAUAAGUUUCCUGCAAUUAAAAAUAUGAUUGUUAAAAUACAGCAAACAUUAUUAAAUUUUAUUUGUAAUAUUUUAUGAAUGUACUAUAAGAAGCAUACCACUGCUGCUUAUUUGAUAUUUAAUAUUUAGCUGAACUAUGACCAGUUAGCUAAAUUUUUAAUACUGCUCAAAUUUUAAAAUAUAAAAUAUUGACUGUGUGAUUUUAAAGUGUGGUAUAAUUUUAUAAAUAAGAUGUUAAUCGCAAAUUUAUUUUAUUUUCUGUGUUAUAUAUAAAAAUGCUAUUUGGUGUUCUCAAAUUUUUAUAUUGUGUGUAAAAUGCUUGUUAAUUAUUUUAAAUUGUGUGUAUUGUUUAGUUGUUCAUUAUUUCAUAAUAGUAUUUAACUUAUACAACUUUAAAGUCUCUUUACACCUUUGUUGAUCAAUUAUCUCUAGAAAAUCAACACACAAAAAAGCAGGAGUUAUUAUUUUUAUUUCUUACAUUUUUCAUUAUCAUUAUUUGUAUAUUUCUCAAAAUUUCAUUUUAUAAAAAUUUCAUCAUUUAAGGUUUAAGGUCACAAUACUCUUUCUUUUCUUCUUCUAGUCAUAAAAUAUAAGAAAACAUUAUUAUUCCUUACAUUAUAAAAGCUCUAAUUUUUACAAUUCAAACAAUUAUCAUGUUUUGUACAUAAAUCAAACCAGAAAAAUCACUUUUCUUUUUUAUUUUGAGGAUUAUUAUAUUAUCUUGCAAAGUCCUUCAUUAUUUGUAUAUUUGUCGAAUUUUAAUUUUAUCCAAAAAGUAAUGAAAGGGUUCAUUUUAUUAUAUGUUAUUUUCAAUAUGGAGGCUUAUUUUAAAAAUUGUUUUUAUUUCUUAUAUACAUGGAUGGUUUAUAUUGACAGAUCAAAGUUUGCAUUAGCCAAUUAAGGCUAAACUAUAUAUUCAAAGAUAAUUGUCGUGACAAGAAAUGUUGAAAGAUGCCUUUAGCUUAUUUUGAUAUAAAUGAUUAAUGCCAGUUGUACUUUAAAAUUUGUAUUGAAAAAGUAUUUGCAAAACUUUUUCAUAAAUGUAUACUUAUAAAAUAUACCUAUAAAAGUAUACUUGCGAUAAAAUCCAGAUACAGAGGCUUUUAAAUGAAAUUAAUUGCAAUAAAAUUUUAUGUCUAUUUUUUUUUAAUCAUAAGUAAAAAUAUUUAUUUCAUUCAAAAAAUAAUAUUUAUUUCUAUAUCUUGGGUAUACAUGCUUAUUAAACUAUUUGAAGUUUUAAAUUUUUUAUACCAUUGGCCUUGUGAAGCAACAAUUUGAAUAUAUUAUUUGUAUGAAAAAUAAAGUAUAUGAUGUGGUAGUAUUAGAAUUAAGCUUCUGCUGUGGCUUGAAAAAAGUUUAUUCAGUUUUUGCAUGAUUGUUUUUAACUUUAUUCUCUUAUUCUUCAUUUAUAUAUUUUUUUUUCUGUGUAAGUUCUGUAUAUGUUCAUAUAUAUAUA